GGAAGCGGCUGCCGUGAGGGACCCGGAGCGCCUCCCCUUCCCCCUUCCCGGUCCUUCCCGGUUGCCUGUCCACGCACCCGUCCCCCAUGGCAGCGUGGUCCCGGGAGGCUGUCCUGACCCUCUAUCGGGCUCUGCUGCGCCAGGGCCGUGGGCUGCGCUACACCGACCGGGAUUUCUACCUCGCUUUCAUCCGCCGUGAGUUCCGCAAGAACCAGGGGCUGCAGCGGCUAGAGGACAAGGAAAGACAGUUGGAGAAGGGGCAAGCUUUCCUGCACAGCAAACUCGGGGGCCUGGUUUAGAGAUUCCCUGUAGCU